ACAAAACGUGAAAUUUACUAAAUUUACACAAAACGUAUAAACUUUAGCCAUGGGUCGUGCAGAAGUUGGUACUCCCAAGUACCUCGCCAACAAAAUGAAGGCGAAGGGCUUGCAGAAGUUGCGCUGGUAUUGUCAGAUGUGCGAGAAACAAUGCCGUGACGAAAAUGGCUUCAAGUGUCACACAAUGAGCGAGUCCCAUCAACGGCAGUUGUUGCUCUUCGCGGACUCGCCUGGAAAAUUUCUACAUAACUUUUCUAAGGAGUUCUCCGACGGCUAUAUGGAACUACUGCGUCGUCGCUUUGGCACCAAGCGGACGAACGCAAACAAGAUUUAUCAGGAAUAUAUUGCGCACAAGGAGCACAUACAUAUGAAUGCCACACGGUGGCUAACGCUCUCGGACUAUGUGAAGUGGCUGGGACGAACGGGUCAAGUAGUGGCCGAUGAAACGGAGAAGGGAUGGUUUGUCACAUAUAUUGACCGCAGCCCAGAGGCCAUGGAACGGCAAGCAAAAGCCGAACGCAAGGAAAAAAUGGAAAAAGAUGACGAGGAGCGCAUGACGGAGUUUAUUGAGAAGCAAAUUAAGAAAGCGAAAUCCAAGGAUGGUGAGGAUGGCGAUCCACAGGAGAAGUUUACGGAACUGAAACGUGAAGAGGAACAGCCUCUAAAGUUGGACAUACGAUUGGAGAAGAAAUUCCAGCCAGAGUCAAUACUGGGCAAAUCUGCCCUUGUUACAAAGCGCACAAGCAACGAUCCCGAUGAGAAGGUUUUCAAGAAACCCAAACCAAUGCCAGCGGAGAGCAGCAGAUCUGCCUUAGGUGAGAUAAUCAAAAUCGAGGAGAAAAAGAAGGAGCGAGCAAAUCGAAAGGAUUACUGGUUGCAUCCAAAUAUAGUGGUCAAAUUCAUAUCCAGCUCCAUGGGCGAUAAGUUUUACAAACAGAAAGCGGUUGUUCAGGAAGUUAUUGAUAAAUAUCGCGCAAAAAUUAAGUUUUUGGAUACAGGCGAUAAGCUUAAAGUUGAUCAGGCGCAUCUGGAAACUGUAAUACCCGCGUUAGACAAGGAAAUUCUAGUUGUUAAUGGAGCCUAUCGCGGCUCUGAAGCGUUGCUUAAAAAGCUAGACGAACGCAAAUAUUGUGUUAGCAUAGAAAUACUUCAUGGUCCACUAAAAGGACGUGUUGUCGAUAAUGUACAGUAUGAGGAUAUAUGUAAGAUUUAUGGCACGUAACAAGCUGCCAACUACCGACUCGGCUUAAGCUUAAAUGUUAAAGAUUAAUUUAUGCAUAUAAGUAAUUAAUUUACGUACUAGAUGAUAAGUUUGAAAUGAAAUUUUAAAGCGUUCUACUCAAGAUAUUCAUAAUGAUUAUUUGUAUAAAAUAAAAUAAACAAUGUUUGGGCACAACGUCGCGACGUUAAAUAUGA